AUGGCGGAGAUUAAUUGGGCGGAACUUCUACAUGAUUUGUUUGCUCUCAUUGCUAGGCGUUUGAAUAUGUUUGAAGACUACUUCAAUUUCGGCACUUUUAAUGGCUGCUUUUAUGCAAUAGAUUAUCGGAGCCGCAUAGUAGUUUGUGAUCUUGAUGGCAUUAAGACUCAAGUUGUAGGCGAGUUACCAGUCGAUAUGCAUACGGGUCACUUCUACAUGCUUGAAUCCCUAGGAUCAUUAGUUGUAGUUUUGCGCAAUGGUAUCCAACUAAGGGAGGUCAAAGAUGAUCACGCUAGGGUUCAACUGACGCGCAUCCGCAUAGAAGGUAUUGGGGAAGAGGAGCUAACAUAUGGGACAACGGAUUUUCAGGUUUUCCAGGUCGAUUUAGCUACUAGCAAAGUCACGGAAAUGAGGGAACUAGGGGACAUAGCUUUUUUUUUGGGUGCUUAUGCUUCUCUUUCAGUGCAAGCUUCUCAAUUUCCAGGAAUCAAGCCCAAUUGUAUUUAUUUUACAGACGAUUAUUUUGAAUCAUACUUCAUCUAUGAAGAAGGUGGAGGCUUGGACAUGGGAGUGUUCAACUUAGAAGAUGGCAGCAUCCAGCCACAUUACGAUGUUGUUUCCCUUAAUCGAGUUUGUCCUCCGACAUGGGUCACACCAACUCUGUAUUGAGUUUUACACCUUCUUUUGUUUUCUCUAUUUAUUAUGUUGUAUGUUCUUCUUGUACCCUUCUUUUGUUUUCUCUAUUUAUUAUGCUUUAUGUUCUUGUUUUACCAUAAA